AUGGUGCACAGUCUGGAUGACGAGGGCAGCCUUGUGGACGACCUGACGAAGAAAAUGGCGUCCGGCGAGGGCGCCGACCUCACUCUUGUGGUGGGUAGUGCACAGCUGCACGUCCACAGUUUCAUGCUCUCUGCCCGGAGCCCCGUGUUUGCAGCGAUGCUGCGGCACGACACCUCGGGCCCCUCUGGCCGCCUCUUGGAGAUCGGUGAUAUGGACGAGGAUGUGGCAUGCCAAAUGCUCUACUUCAUGUACACCGACAAGGUGCCCUAUCUGCACAGCUUGGCGCCUCAGCUGCUUGCUGCUAGUGACAAGUACGGCCUCCCUCUGCUGAAACGGAAGUGCGAGCAACAGCUGGUGACGUCACUGACUGUGGAGAAUGCGGCCUCUGCGGUGGUGCUGGCACUGCGGUACAAGUGUCCCCAGCUGAAGGAGCGUGCCAUCCAACUCAUCAGGGCACACCCUCUGGACGUGAUGGCCACCGAGGGCUGGCAGCGGGAUCUGUGCACACACCCAGAGAUGGCCACAGAGGUUUCCCGUCUGAUAGCUGCGCCGUCAUCAAACCAGUUAUAUUCGGAAAUCAGUGCGCUGGAAGCGGCGACCAGCAGGCAGACCUCCGUGUCCCGGCCACACCCUGGCAACGGCUGGCCUCCAGAGGCUGCUGCUGCUGCGCCGACUCCGCCUCCCCGCCGCUCCAGCCUGCCUGGCAGCGCCGCUCGCUCCUCUCUCGUCGGGAGUUUGUCUGAAGAGGAGCUCAGUGGGAGGCUGCUCGAGGCAGCUCAGAAGGGGGCAGUGGAGGAACUGCAGGCGUUACUGGCAGCAGGGGUGGACACGGGGCUGACGGACGAGUGGAGAAACACUGCGUUGCACUUUGCGGCGUGCAACGGACAUCUGGAGGCCGUGAAGUGUCUGUUGGACAACGGAGCCGACACGGAUGCGAGGGACCGCAACCAGGACACACCCCUGCACUGGGCAGCAGGCAAGGGACAUGCGGCAGUGGUGCAGCUGCUGGUGGACGCCUCGGCUGACCCCAACGUCAGGGGUAAAUACGGGAUGACGCCGCUGCACUGGGCGGCGCUGUGUGGCCACGCAGACACGGCAGCCAGGCUGCUGGAGGCGGGGGCUGACCUGGGUGCCCAGGACGACUGUGGCAGCACGCCACUGGACCUCAUCAGGCGGGCAAACCAUCUGGACAUGGUGGAGUUUCUGUCAUGA